CUUGAUACCAUCUCAGACAUCUACAAGCUCUCACUAGGUGCUAUGGUUCAAAGUCAAAAUGAAUACAUAUUCAGGCUUCCAGGAUGGAGUAGAAAUCCUCCAUGUUCCUUCAGAUGUAGCUGCUAUUUCCUUGCCUUGAUGUUGACCAUUGUUUGCCAUUGUCUCAAGUUGCCUGAUUGAAACAAUCUUUAGAAGUCUUACAAGAGAAUGAGCUUCAAGCUAAUACCACUCUUGUACUCCUGCCAAAGAUAGUGUCAUACAGGUCCAUGUGCUAUUCAUGGCAUGUUGAGAUGCAAACUUGUUGCUGCUACUGCUCUCCAGAUUGUUAUUAAUCUCCAGCUGUACGAGGAGCUUCCUUGCCCCCUUGAUAAUUUUGAGCUGUUACUAUGUAGCAUGCCUGAUCCAGAAGAUAAGUUUUUCCCUCUCUAUCCUUAUAUUUCAAUACAACUGUCCCCCGUUUGAAGGCAUCAAUACAUUUUUUGGUGCUCCUAAGAUCGGAGAUUCUUCCAAGUUGGGAAAGGGAGUCGGAAUGCGUUGCUUCCUCUGUCCAGAGACCACAUGUCCGCACAACGCAUUUGUGCCUGCCCGGAAUGCAGAGCCACAUGGGUGAAGAAGUUCUCCCACUCUCUCCCCGUAGCCUCUUCCUUGGCAUAUGGACGUUUUUCUCUCAAAACUUCAACGCCGUGGUUUCAUCUUUCAAAAAGUUUAGGUGGGCCUGGCCAUGGUACCGUGGUGGGCGUACCCUUCAUGGUAAUGAUGUAUGGUGGUCUAUUUUUGGUAAUCUUUCCUGGUUUUGCAUGUGCCUUGCUCUAUUGAAUUUUAUGGUUGAUCCAAGUCGUAGCAUGACGUUGGCGGCUCUCCACGUGAUUUUCUCUACGGGGGCCCUAAUAACUCAUUUCACUUUGAUGCACUCGAUUGUUUAUUGGUAUGGCGACAUGCCUUUCAAGUUAAUGGGUGCCAAGGCGAAAUUUAUGAUUGAGGUCAUCCCUAUGAUAAUAGCAGCAGCCUUGCAUCAUCUUUUGGAAUUCAAUUAUGGGUAUCUCCUGCUACUGCUAGUCUUCACAAUAUAUUUUUAUACCUUUGCGCACUUCAUGCACGUAGCCUAUGACAUUGGAGGAAAAGACGUAUUGUUGGGAUUACUAAUGCCGGUUCUUGGUUACAUGUUGAACGUAGAAUUGUUACUUAGAGCUUUGGCUUUGAGCUUCUGCUUAGGCUUCAGUUUCUAUAGAUAUGUGACAUAUUGUGCUCCUGAAGUACCUGCCCAUUCUAAAAAGGAGCUGGAGCGGCUGCCUUGCUGAUUUGAAGGUGUUUGUAGAAGGACAAAUCUUUAGCAUCUCAUAUAUUAUAAGCAGAGGCGGACCCAGAAUUUUGAGUUCGGCGGUGCUGGACCCAGGAAUUUUGAGUUCGGGGGUGCUCUAUUAACUAUUUAUAUCUGUUUCCUUUAUAUUUUUUAUACAAUUAUACACUCCAUGAUUAAGUUUAAUGGGUGCCGGAGCACCCAAACUUUACACAUGGGUCCGCCCCUAAUUAUAAGUUAGUCUGUUGUCUUUCUUUUCGUCAUGUGAUGAGUCUUUGAUUC